UGUUGUCCUCGGAAUAUGCAAAAAUGCAGUGUUUUGGGGUCAGUUUUCAGUGCCAUGGAUACUUGCAAGAGAUGCUUCCUUCUUUCAUUGGCCUUUCUCAUGGUUUUCUUUGAAAAAUUGGGGACCAAUGUUGUCUUUGGUUUUAAUGGGAAUUACAAGCACCAUUCACCACAUUUUAGCACAAGUCAAGGGAUAUAUGAUAUGGAAGACGUGGAAGAUGAUGGCUGGCAAAUGGUGGAGACAAAGGGGAAUCAAUUUAUUGUUAAUAGUCAACCUUUCUAUGUCAAUGGAUUCAAUACCUACUGGCUGAUGGUAAUGGCAGCGGAUCAAUCUACAAGAGGAAAGGUCUCUGAAGUGUUCCAACAAGCAUCUUCAGUAGGACUAACUGUUUGCCGGACUUGGGCUUUUAACGAUGGCCAGUGGCGAGCUCUUCAAAAGUCACCAUCCGUUUACGAUGAGGAAGUUUUCAAGGCCUUGGAUUUUGUGGUGAGUGAAGCAAAGAAGUACAAGAUUAGGCUUAUGCUGUCUUUGGUUAAUAACUGGGAUGCAUAUGGUGGUAAGCCACAAUAUGUAAAGUGGGGGAAGGCUGCCGGCCUCAACUUGACUUCGGACGACGAAUUCUUCUCUCAUCCAACUCUUAGAAGUUACUACAAGGCCCACGUUAAGGCAGUGGUAAAUAGAGUAAAUACAUUUACCAACAUAACUUACAAGGAUGACCCUACAAUUUUCGCUUGGGAACUGAUGAACGAACCACGAUGUACCUCAGAUCCCUCUGGGGAUACUCUGCAGUCAUGGAUAGCAGAAAUGGCAGUGUACGUUAAGAGCCUUGAUGCAAAGCAUUUGGUUGAAAUUGGAGUUGAAGGAUUUUAUGGUCCCUCAGCACCUGCACGAGCACAGUUUAACCCGAAUUCGUAUGCAACUCAAGUUGGGACCGACUUCAUACGGAACCAUCAGACUCUCGGAGUUGAUUUUGCUUCUGUUCACAUUUAUGCGGAUUCCUGGAUUUCACAAACAAUUUCUGAUGCUCAUCUCCAAUUCACAACAACAUGGAUGGAAGCUCAUAUAGAAGAUGCUGAGAAAUAUCUAGGAAUGCCUGUAAUCUUCGCUGAGUUUGGUGUAUCCUCAAAGGACCCCGGCUACAACUCAUCGUUCCGAGAUGCUCUUAUUAGCACCGUGUACAAGACAGUGUUGAACUCGACAAAGAAAGGAGGGAGUGGGGCUGGGAGUCUCUUGUGGCAGCUGUUUCCCGAGGGGAUGGACAACAUGGACGAUGGCUACGCGAUCGUCCUUGCAAAGUCUCCUUCGACAUUGAACCUUAUAUCCCUUCAUUCCUCAAAACUCGCAAUAUUUAACUCCAUGUGUUCUUGGAAAUGCCAUUGGGGUUGCAAGAAGAAAAAUGCUUUGGAAACAAUCAUCUACCAUGAUGAUUUGUAGAAGCUGCCAACAUCAUCAUAUCUUUAAUGGAGGUUACUAUAUAUAACAGACAGCUGUUAUUAUUAUACAUGCAAAUUUUAAAAACAAAUAAGAUGUUUAUCUACGGUCCCCCACGACUGUUAUAAAGCAUUUCUUUCUCUUGGCA